UCAUCAGAAGAUCUUCAAGAACAGUGUGCUAAAAACAAUAUUCACGUGGUAUCGGUACAAAGCUUCUACGGCGAUCCUGCACCUGCUAGGCAAGACGUGCGCAUAAUCGUCGGUCUGUUUUACGAGAAAGAAGCAAGAAAAGUAUUCUGCGAGGUAUACAAGGAACACCUGUACGGAAAACAUUACGUGUGGAUCAUACUGGGUUGGUACGGGGACAGCUGGUUCAUUCCAACCUCUGAGGAUGAGCUGAACUGCACAGCUGAGCAGAUGUACGAUGCGACUCAGUACCACUUCACCACUGAAAUGCUCAUGCACAGUCAGGAGGAGACUCGCGGCAUUUCAGGAAUGAAUUCGGUGCAGUUCGCUAGCCGGCUCAGUGCACGACUGGACAAGGCACCGAACAUCACAGGCGGUUUCCCGGAGGCGCCGUUGGCUUACGACGCGAUCUGGUCGGCUGUCUUCGCCCUGAACUGCAGCAUGGAAAAAUGGAAGGCUCGCAAUCUGACUCUGGACGAUUUCUCGUACGAGGACGCGACAAUGGCUCAAGAGAUUUAUAACUGCAUGAGGCGAACCAAGUUCCGGGGCGUUUCGGGAGAAGUCAUGUUCUCUGAGAAAGGUGAACGGAUUGCGUGGACUUUGAUCGAGCAGCUUCAAGGUCAGUGCAUCGUUGAAUGCGCCUUUUCUAAGACUGUUUCACAAUUCUUAGACGGAAAGUACGAGGUAAUGGGUUAUUACGAUUAUCGAUCUGAUAACCUUUCUUGGAGAAACAAGGAAAAGUUCAUCAGUGAGGCUAAAUCUAAAUAUACGGAUCUCGAUGAUUACAUACCGCCGGAUGAAGUGGUCAUUCAAGAAAAGUGGAUUGCCGUUGGCCACAUUCAGUUUAUGAUUUUCGGCGCCGCUGGGGCCUUGGGGAUAAUAUGGGCGAUAAUCAACGGUUCGUUCAACGUUGUCUUCAGGUACCGACGGAUAGUUGCCGAAUCCUGUGCAGAAGUCAAUGAUAUCAUGCUCGUUGGAUGCAUAGUAUGCAUCGUAGGCAUCGUUUUGAUCGGUUUACCGACAGAGCGAGCCCUCGUGGCUGUCGAAAAAUAUUUUUGUCAUGCAAGGGCGUUGAUGCUGAUGUACGGAUUUUCGUUGCUCUUUGGCUCUUUGUUCAGCAAGGCGUUGAUGGCUCACCGGCUUAAGUUUAUGGCAACGAAACACAUGGUAGGAGAAAAGGCGAUUUUGGCUUUUUCUCUGCAUGAGAUAUUCAUAAUCAUUUUGGAGGAAAUCAAGUCUUGGAUGUUUUACACCAUCAUUGGGCUGUUCCUGUGCAUGGAUACGUUUAUUAUCGCCGCAUGGAUUACUGUAGAUCCGAUGCAUCGUUCCGUUCAGUAUUUUGACAUCGUCGACAGCCACGAAGAGAACAUCAAGUUUCGUCCAGCAGUCGAGCAUUGCACUAGCCAAAACCAGAAAAUAUGGAUAGGACUCAUUUACUCCUACAAGGGAUUUUUGCUGCUGUUCGGUCUUUUUCUGGCCUACGAAGCGAGGAAUAUGAAAACCAAGCAGAUGAACGACUCACGAUUUGUCAGCAUGGCCAUCUAUAAUGUCGCGAUUCUGUGCUGUAUUACGGGCCCCGUCGCGCUUAUCAUAACCUCACAGCCGGAUGCAAACUUUGCCUUCUGUGCCGUGACCAUCAUUCUGUGCACGUUCACAUCUAUGGGAUUGUUAUUCGUUCCGAAGAUGAAGCAUGUGUUCUUCGAGCCGAACUUCACUGAAGAAAAUUAUUUUGGGGAUGGGAAUCUGAGCUUCAACCAGGAGAAGCUGAACGCGUUGCUUGUGAAAAAUAACGAAUUGAAGGCACAGAUUGCCGAGGUGAAAGAAGUGACUUUUUACUUUUCCUGAGU